AUGACUUCUGCAAUUUCUGAAUUAAGCCCGCCUGGUAGGCGCCGGGCGUCUGCCGUUGAUGGUGAGAAUUUGGAGACUGUGUGUAUUAAGAGAAGGCGACGAGACCCGGCUGCAGCUUCAUAUAACAAUCAAUUACCAGGUGAAAAACAGCAGCAGCAACAAUUACUGCAGGCUGAUCAACCUACUGCUACCACUGUCAAAAGAAGUUCGAAAUUUCGAGGAGUUAGCAGACAUCGAUGGACUGGGCGGUAUGAAGCUCAUUUGUGGGAUAAAGGAUCCUGGAACCCAACACAGAGAAAGAAGGGAAAGCAAGUCUAUCUUGGAGCUUAUGAUGAAGAGGAAUCUGCCGCUAGAGCAUAUGAUUUGGCUGCCCUCAAGUAUUGGGGAGCAUCAACUUUUACAAAUUUCCCAGUGUCAGAUUAUGACAAAGAAAUUGAGAUAAUGGCAUCUGUGACUAAAGAGGAAUACUUGGCCUCCUUAAGAAGGAGAAGCAGUGGUUUCUCAAGGGGAGUAUCCAAGUACAGAGGAGUCGCAAGGCACCAUCAUAAUGGAAGAUGGGAGGCAAGAAUUGGAAGGGUGUUUGGAAACAAAUAUCUUUACCUUGGCACUUACAGUACCCAGGAGGAGGCAGCCCAUGCCUAUGACAUUGCAGCAAUUGAGUACAGAGGGAUAAAUGCAGUGACCAACUUUGAUUUAAGCACAUACAUCAGGUGGCUAAAACCAGGAGCCAAUCGUUCUCCACAAUUUCAAGAACAAAAACUAAGUUUUGAGUCCCAGCCCAUGAUAAAUCUCUCUAACCACAUUAUUCCAAAGGACCAAACAACUAACCUCUCCAUCUGCAAUUCCAAUCCUUUCAAAGUAGAAGCUUUCAACAGUACCCCUAAAACACAACCCAUUUUACAAACAAGGACACCAGUAAAUCUCAAUUGCACCGAGUCGUCUUCUUCUUCACCAACUGCUCUAAGCCUCCUCCUGAGGUCUUCAGUGUUUAAAGAGCUGGUGGAGAAGAAUCUGAACGCCACCAGUAAAGAAAGUACAGGAGAGCAUGACACUAAAAACCUGCCACAACUAAUUGGCUGCAAUGAUGAAGUUGGAAAAAUGUUGUUCAAUGAAAUUGGUGUCAACCCAGCUCAAUAUACAUGUCCUUCUUCCAAAAUGUAUCGCCUGGCUUAG